CGAUCACUGGUGCCAGUGAGAGAGGGAGGACCUGCUGCCAAUACCGACAGCACGGCUGGGGAAGCCGCGGGUCAGGAACUGCCGGACACCGGAGCCCGUCAGCCUCCCCUAUCUAGUUACGGUCAUGAUUGGCGGCGGCAGCUGAAGCUGCUGCUGGUGGACGACAUCGUGCCCUCCCCUCCCUUCACAUCCCCUCCCCUCGCGUCCUUCCUUAGCUGAUGAGCAGAGCCGGGCAGAGUGGGACUGCUCCUCUCCGCCUCUCUCGCCGUGACUUCGGCUGAGUUCAGACGGGCAGUCGGCAAUGGGCCGGGGAUGUUGGCCAGAAAGGACCUCGUCCCCGAGGAGUAUGUACUGCGGCUGGUGGAGGACGUGUCGCGGCCGCGCUACCGGGAGAAGCAGCGUAAGGUACGCUUCGUCAAUAAGAACGGCGCCUGCAAUGUCGCGCACACCAACAUCCGAGAGCAGGGCCGCUUCCUGCAGGAUGUCUUCACCACACUGGUGGACCUCAAGUGGCGACAUACACUGCUCAUCUUCACUAUGAGCUUCCUGUGCAGCUGGCUGCUCUUCGCCAUGAUCUGGUGGCUGAUCGCCUUCGCGCACGGCGACCUGAACGGCGCCGCGCCGCCCGCCGUGCCUUGUAUCACCAGCCUGCACUCCUUCACUUCAGCCUUCCUCUUCUCCAUCGAGGUGCAGGUCACCAUCGGCUUCGGCGGCCGCAUGAUCACCGAGGAGUGCCCGGCUGCCAUCACCGUUCUGAUAGCGCAGAACAUCGUGGGGCUGGUCAUUAACGCUAUCAUGCUGGGCUGCAUCUUCAUGAAGACGUCGCAGGCGCACCGGCGCGCCGAGACGCUCAUCUUCAGCAAGUUCGCCGUCAUCUCGCCGCGGAACGGCCGCCUCUGCCUCAUGUUCCGCGUGGGCGACCUGCGCAAGAGCAUGAUUAUCGGAGCCAGCAUCCGCAUCCAGGUGGUGCGGCGCACGACCACGACCGAGGGCGAGGUGCAGCCACUGCGUCAGAUCGACGUGCUGCUCGACAACCCGGUGGGCGGCGGUGCCAUCUUCCUCGUCUCGCCGCUCAUCGUCGCGCACGUUAUUGACCGCGACAGCCCCCUCUACCACCUGACGGCCGCCGACCUGCAGCGCCAGGACUUCGAGGUGGUCGUCAUACUCGAGGGGGUGGUCGAGACGACUGGCAUCACCACCCAAGCCCGCACCUCCUACCUGGCCGACGAGAUCCUGUGGGGGCACCGCUUCGUGCCGGUGGUGAACGAGGACGAUGGCCGCUACUCGGUCGACUACUCGAAAUUCGGCAACACUGUGAAGGUGCCCACGCCGCCCCUCGGCGCCCAGCAGCUGGAGCAGGAGCAGGCCGUCGGGAGCGAAGGACCGGUUGCCGCCUUCGACAUUUCGCCCGGAGUGAGGAGGAGGUCCUCAACCUCCCAACCCAAUGAUUCGUGACCCCAGCACCACCUCUCCCCCAGGCUGACGGGUGGCAGGGACGAGAUCCCAACACCAACCAGGCAACUCUUCCAAGCUUUCCCAAAUCGUGUUUCCCAGGGGGUUUUGUUUGGCCAUUUUGCAUCUACUGUAUUUAAACGUGUUACAAUUUUGUAAAUAGAAUUUUGCUAAAGAAAACUGAUAAGAGACAUUAAACUAGACUAUUGGUAGCGCUGGCGUGGUUAGGUUUAAGUACUAAGGUUAACAGUUCUCUAUAUUGAUUGUAGUAGCUGUUGAUCAAUCUAGUGGCCAGCCAUUCUAUUUUCUUCUUGGAGGAUGGCAGACCAACAAAAGGUGCAUUGCUACCAUCUACUGAGUUGGAGCGUGGAGCAAAGAAACAAGAAGUUUACCCACUAAAUACAGCCCCCUCCCCACCAAAACUCAAAUAAUAUCGUAGUCUAAUGCUUUUCAGAAAGUCAAAUUCUGAACAAGGAAUUAUUCAACCUAAUGUGUGAAAUAUGUAAAUGUGCAAGUAUAACUACUGUCCUUUUAUACUCAUCUCCCAGUUGAUUUCGCACCAUACACUGAAUUUUAUAGAAAUGCCUUCCUUUGUUUGCCUUAUCUGAACUUUGUUGCCACAGUCAGGAGAACGUGCAGAUGCUGGAAAUCUGAGCAGCACACACAAAAUGCUGCAGGAACUCAGUAGGCCAGGCAGCAUCUAUGGAAAAGAGUAC